GCAUUGGAUGGAUGCCCGCGCAUUGAGAAGGAAGGACAAGGGCUUUAUGCAAGCAGAAAAAUUAGAAGGUGUCGGAAAGCGGCGUUUGUUUGUAAUCGGUAACUGGUUUAAACAACGUCUGUUAUACCCCGUACAUGUGUGGGGUAUGUCUGUUCUGAGGUGUAUUCCACAAGACGGUUGCCAUAUAUAUCUUAAUCAUAUUAUGUAAUUCCGUAGGUUUUAUUUAAGGAAAGAAUAUAUAAUAAUUUCAUUUGAUAAAUGAAUGGUCCAUUGGACAUACUAUAUAAUAUAACAUUCCCUAACAGUUUAAUUUUGGACUAACAAAAUUUUCAAUUGAUUCCCAGACCGCUAUAAGCAAAAUUAACAUUCUCAGCAUGACACUUUUUUAGUUAAUACAAACUAUAUGUUAUAACUUUUUUAAUGUUUCUCUAUUAAUAUAUAAGUGAUUUACGUGAAUGUGAUGAAUAUAGAAUCCUUUACAUAAUUAAUAAAAUGAUUUUGUUGGGUUUAUUAUGGUGCCGCUAGUGAUUGUGUUUUGGUCUUUUUAAAAUGUGAACUGUGGAGUUUUUUGGAAGAAAAAAAAAGUGUUUGUGGGGUUUUAGCUUCUUCUUCUUUGUAAUAGUGAUCACAUUAAAAACCUUGGUAGAUAUUAUUGCCAGAUGGUCAGAACCACUAAUGUUAAUUUACAUUUAACACGACAAAUUCAAAAUGUUUCUGCAUGUUCUGAUCAAUUAAACCUUCUUGAACAUGUUAUAAUUGGUAGUUACAAAAAAAAAAACAUGUUAUAAUUGGUUCCACAUCGGUUAAGCAGACCUAUCAUGGAACAAACAAUUGUUAUUUACAGUACAUACAAACCUUGACGAAAUCAUAGUCCACAAACACAAAGAAAUUCAACUCAAACUUUGAAAACUGUUGGUUUGAAAUUAAUACUAAGGUUAACAUUAAAAGAAACAAUGAUGAUUUUUCCAGUGGUCCUUCUGUUACCUGCAUAUUUCCAUUCCUAGGUAUCUUUAACCAUGACUACAAAUAGAAAGUUUUCUUUUUGUUCCAUGUAGAUUAAAUUUUAUCUAAUAAAAUAACAAAUAACUUCAUUUGGAUCAAUAUAAGUUAGUUGGACUUUAAAUGUUAUCACGUGAUACUUACCAUUUAACAUACUAUACCAAACAAAGAAAAGAAAGACAUAAUUCAUCUUACAUUGCAUGGUAAUAUAAAUAAAGUUAUAAUCUAUAAAUUAACAACAGGAUAAGUGUAUCCCUAUGUAUGCUGCUUAAAUAGCUUCGAAAAAUAAAGGUGUUAGCAAAUAUGCUGUGUAUCCCUCCACUUAUUGGAUCCAUUUUGAUUUAUGCAUGUGAGUGUCCACAUCUUGAGAGGGAUUUAGUCAAUAAACGAAGAAAGAAGAGAGAGAAGGGGAAAUGGCAAGAGGGAGAGUGGAAGUGAAAAGAAUAGAGAACAAGGUCAAUAGACAAGUAACCUUCUCCAAAAGAAAAGGUGGUUUGCUCAAGAAAGCCUACGAACUCUCUGUUCUAUGUGAUGUAGAGGUUGCUCUUAUCAUCUUCUCCAGCAGUAGCAAGCUCUAUGAGUUCAGCAGUGAUGCAAUGGAGAAGACAAUUGAAAGGUACAGUCGCUGUAACAACAACAUUUUGGACAAUAAUAGACCUGAAGAGUCUACACAGAGGUGGUCUCAAGAGGUGACAAAGCUCAGAUCCAAAUAUGAAUCUCUUCUUCGCACUCAUAGGUAUUUGCUUGGGGAAGAUCUGGGAGAGAUGAGUGUCAAAGAAUUGGAGACGCUCGAGAGACAGCUUGAAGGAGCUCUCUCGGCGACCAGGCAACGCAAGACGCAGGUUACUAUGGAACAAAUGGAAGACCUUCGUAGAAAGGAGAGGCAGCUCGGAGAUAUAAACAAGAAGAUGAAGCUUGAGGUAGAAGGUCAUGAAUUCAAAGGCUUUCAAGACCUUUUGCUAAAUUCGGAUGCUAGGGCUGGUUCCACUGAUUUUUCCUUGUUUUCUUCUCACCACAAUCUGGAUUGCGACGUCGGACAGUUCUUGAAAAACGGGUAAUCUUUCUUUUCUUUUUUGAUUUGUUGUCUUGGACUCACUGGCUACUUAAUCGUGGACAUGGAGAAUGAUAUAUUACACAUAAUUUUAUUUUCAGAAUGGACUAUCAAAACUGUAAUACAUGUUGGAUUACAAUAUUCCGUAACCUAUAAGAAAGAAGAAGCAUACGGCUCUGGCUCCAUAGUAGGACUAGCUAGAAUAUAUUUCAUUAUGCCCUGAACACAUUCUCAAUCUUUGAGAUGUCUAAUGAUCUGAAGAAAAACUAUUGUAUGUCACGUUCCAUCUUGUCUUGUCUCCAAAACAUUCCUUGUGUAAGAAUCCAUUCAAGAGUUGAAUCCUCCUCACUCAUUGCAGUAUGAACACUGCUAAUGAUACAAGCGAUAAUCAAACAACAUGAACACUACUAUUGAUCGAUUAUAAGAACUAUACAAACCCAACCAAGUAACUAGAGAGAAUAUAACUUGAUUGA